UGGCUAACUAGGUCCAUGACGCCAAACGCAAGACGCCGGGCCUACCGCGGGAGCCUGAGGGAAGCCGUGCAUUCAGUUCUAAGGCGUCUGUGAGCCCGCGGAGUAUACGCCAUGAGCAAAGCUCACCCUCCCGAGUUGAAAAAAUUUAUGGACAAGAAGUUAUCAUUGAAAUUAAAUGGUGGCAGACAUGUCCAAGGAAUAUUGCGGGGAUUUGAUCCCUUUAUGAACCUUGUGAUAGAUGAAUGUGUGGAGAUGGCAACUAGUGGGCAACAGAACAAUAUUGGAAUGGUGGUAAUACGAGGAAAUAGUAUCAUCAUGUUAGAAGCCUUGGAACGAGUAUAAAUAAUGGCUGUUCAGCAGAGAAACCCAUGUCCUCUCUCCAUAGGGAAAUUAA